AUGAAGUUUUGGGGACCUUGUUCGGUUGGAUUUUAUAUUUGCGUGGCCAUGCUUUUCAAAGGAUCCCUGCAGGGAGAACACCAGAGGAGGCUGUACAAGGAGCUGCUGGCUAACUACAACCGACUGGAGAGACCUGUGGUCAAUGACUCAGCCGCCAUUCUAGUGGAGCUGGGGUUCACACUGCUGCAGAUCAUAGACGUGGAUGAGAAGAACCAAGUGCUGAUGACCAACGCCUGGCUGCAGCUGUACUGGACAGACAUCUACCUGAGCUGGAAUCCAGAGAAGUACCCCGGUGUUCAGAACCUGCGAUUCCCUUCAGACCAGAUCUGGACCCCGGACAUCCUCCUUUACAACAGUGCGGACGAGCGGUUUGAUGCCACCUUCCACACCAACGUCCUGGUGAAUGCAUCCGGCUACUGCCAGUACAUCCCCCCUGGCAUCUUGAAGAGCACCUGCUACAUUGACGUGCGUUGGUUCCCUUUCGACGUGCAAAAGUGUGACUUGAAGUUUGGUUCUUGGACGCACAACGGCUGGCUGCUGGACCUCCAGAUGCUGGAUGUGGACACAUCCACCUACAUACCCAAUGGGGAGUGGGACCUUGUGGGGGUGCCAGCCAAGCGCAAUGAGCUGUACUAUGACUGCUGUAAGGAGCCCUACCCUGAUGUGACAUUCACGGUCACCAUGCGCCGCAGGACGCUAUAUUAUGGCCUCAAUUUGCUCAUCCCAUGUGUGCUGAUCUCUGGCUUGGCCCUGCUGGUCUUCCUGCUUCCAGCAGACUCUGGAGAAAAGAUUUCUCUGGGCAUCACUGUGCUCCUUUCGCUAACUGUCUUCAUGCUUCUGGUCGCAGAGAUCAUGCCUGCCACGUCCGACUCUGUUCCUCUCAUCGCCCAGUACUUUGCCAGCACCAUGAUGAUAGUAGGGAUGUCCGUGGUGGUGACAGUUAUCGUCCUGCAGUUUCACCAUCACGACCCUCACGGAGGCAAGAUGCCCAAGUGGGUUCGGGUGGUCUUGCUGAACUGGUGUGCUUGGUUUCUCCGUAUGAAACAACCUGGCGAUGAGCGCAAGCGGCCUGGUUACAAGUACAGUCACAACUCCCAGCACCACUCCAGCUCCGGCUCUAUAGAGAUGGGUGCAGUUCCAAGCCUCACUCUGCCUCUCUCACAGACAUCCUGCCCACCUUGCUCCACAGGCACCUCCAACGGUUCCAUGAGCCUCUACUUUAGCAAUUACCACCCCAUAGAAGGCCCACACUGCCCACCUUCUAGCGACUCUGGGGUAGCGCUAGGGGGGCGUGCCCAUGGCUCCCCAAGUGAUGAGGCUGAGCCAUCUGGAGGAGUUGGCAGUUGUGUCGGAGGCAUGGGGAUGGGAGUUGGACCUGGCUUGGGAGUCCCCCCACCAGAGAUCCAGCGCAUCUUGGAGGAGGUGUCUUACAUAGCCCAGCGGUUCCGGGACCAGGACAGGGCUGAGGCCAUCUGCAGCGAGUGGAAGUUUGCAGCGGCGGUGGUGGACCGGCUGUGCCUGGUGGCCUUCUCUCUCUUCUCCAUCAUUUGCACCUUCACCAUCCUCAUGGCAGCACCCAACUUCAUAGAGGCCGUUUCCAAGGACUUCACAUAG